ACUCUAUAUAGACCGGACGGCCGGGCACUUCGCCUCCAAGGGUCACCAAGAAUAACCCAACCAAAACAUAGGAUUUAGCGGAGGACGAUCGAGGCACCAGCAAUGGCCGGAGGCGAAGACCUGAAGCUGCUCGGCAUGUGGGCGAGCCCGUACGUGCUGCGGGUGAAGCUCGCGCUCAGCCUGAAGGGCCUGAGCUACGAGUACGUCGAGGAGGACCUCGUCAACAAGAGUGAGCUCCUGCUCUGCUCCAACCCCGUGCACAAGGCGGUGCCCGUGCUCAUCCACGGCGGGAAGCCCGUCUGCGAGUCGUCGGUGAUCCUGCAGUACAUCGACGAGGCCUUCGCCGGCGGCGGCCCGUCCCUCCUCCCCACCGACCCCUACGACCGCGCCGUCGCUCGCUUCUGGGCUGCCUACAUCGACGACAAGAUGCUGGCCUCCCGGAAGGCGUCGAGAGGCAAGACGGAGGAGAGGGCCGAGGGAAUGAAGCAGUCUCUCGUCAUGAUGGAGACCCUGGAGGGAGCCCUGAGGGAUUGCGGCAAGGGCAAGCCCUUCUUCGGCGGCGACAGCGCCGGGUAUGUCGACGUCGUGCUCGGCGGCCUGCUCGGAUGGGUGCGGGCACACGUGGACCUCGAGGGCGUCAACUUCUUCGACCCCGAUCGGACUCCGCUCCUGGCUGCGUGGGCGGAGCGCUUCUGGUCGCUGGAAGCCGUCGAGCCGGUUAUGCCUGACGUGAGCAGGCUGGUCGAGUUCGGCAAGAUGCUGCAGGCCCGUCAGGCGGCGGCGGCGGCCGCUGGCGGUGGAGCCGGCAACUGAAGGGACGUUGAUCUUGAGCUCCGCCCUCUUGGUUUCGGCUUCUGUUCGAUUCGAAAAUAAGGCAGUGUUGCCGUGUUGGUCAGUUUCUAUGGACUAUGGAGGCCUUUGUGUGCAAUGAGUGUUGCCGUGGAUGUCUCGUGAGUAGUUAGAAAGUUUUUUUUUGUGUGUAACAUUUGUAUCUUAGUUGUCACGUUGCGGUGUGAAGUGUUUUUUGUGUGUCUCUUUUAAUUUCAGAAAAAGUCCGAAUUAAACCCUCAAA